AUACAUGCGUACAUUACACAAUUCUAGCGGUUUGUUCCUCACACAGGCCGAUAUAACCAUUCACUCACAGUUAGUUAUACACGUUGAAGAAUGAUUUCGAAAGAGAAACAUUUCUUAUUUUGUGCUCAACAUUGUCAGAGGCAUAGUACAUUGGAGUAAUCAUAUUGGCUGUAGAGUCGGCAGUGAACCAACGCUGAUGAAUGAUGCAGACAACAAAUUAAGUUGAUUCCGUACCACGCAAAGGGAGCUUGCUGCAUUUGCAUUUAUCUUUAAUUCGAUGUUUUGGGAACACUCAAUAUCAACCGAUGGCAUAUCGCAAUGCACGACACGCGGUUAUAAAGCAGAACUGACAUUUUUUUUCGGAUAAGCAUACACAUGAUACAUAAGGACUCUCUCCUUCUUUGCUGAUACAAUAGCUACAAUAGAGGAUUAUGAAUAUAGGGUUACCUAUAAAGAUGAUCAGCAAAUAUAAGAAGCUAUUCGUCUUCCUUCUUGUAAUCGUCGCUUUGUACUACUCGAUGAUGAGCUAUGACUAUGAUGACAUGACACAUGUUCCCAUCGAAGAAACACGCUCAGUAUCAAACGAGUCAGAGCAACGUCGACUGAAGGAAGAACGAGCUCUCCCACAGAACGUCAUCCCAAAUCUCCACUCCCUUCUACAUAUUAGAGACAUGUACAUCAUAUCCAAUCAUGAAAGUAAACAGUGCACGUUCCUAACCAACGAAAGUUCAAGUGCUACCGACUACAUCGCCAAUAUCACGGGAUCCGAUUUCCUAACGACAGAGAAGACAGUUUUUCAGAACCUUGCAGAGAAGGCCCGAAAAUUAACGCGCCAAGCCGAUGAGCAAUUGAAACAGAUUCCGAAGGUUCGCGGAAUGGACCCCAACAAGAAUUUUUACAAUCGGAAGCGUGCAGCAGAUCUGGGAAAGGCUGUACAAAACGAAAUGGGGAUAAAGCUUGGGUCUUAUAUGUACUUUCCUGGAGGGCACUGGGUCCCACUGAACUGCAGAGCCAAAUGGAAGGUAGCAUUGAUCAUUCCUUACCGGAAUCGGAGUUAUAACCUCAAUAUUCUUCUGCGGAACUUAAUACCCUUCUUAAGGAGUCAAGAGUUGGAGUUUGGAAUCUUUAUCGCGGAACAGGGUUCCACUGAAGUAAUGAACCGAGGUCUAAUGAAGAAUAUAGGCUAUCAGAUGGCGAAGUUGAGUGGAACGCUCUGGGACUGCUACGUGUUUCAUGACGUCGACUAUGUUCCCAUUAAUUCGACGAACUACUACGGUUGUGAUGACUACCCCAAACAUUAUGCCACAAAGCUUGAAGAAUUCAAAUAUGAGUAA